UUAACUUGUCAGAGAGUUAAAGCUCCUUUAAGUAGAUACUGGAACAGAUUAGAUUCCUCUUGGUGGUGUUCCUCUGGCUUGGGUGCAGCUCUUAACAUUCACUAAAACAGAUCGAUUGACGAUUGGUGCCUUUAAGAGUGAUCCCUGUUUGGAGACAGAGGUGUGAUUUACCUGUCAGCGCGUCGGUGUGCCGUGCCUCUCUCAUAUGAAGUCAGCGUUAAAGGUGGCACUGUGCAAGCGGGAUUCGAAGAAGCUGACUGCGAAUUACUGCUACUGUGAUUAGGAGGGGUACAAUGCCAGAUAAAUCCAUCCUUGUGCUACUGUUUCUUUUUCUUCAUUGCUUUUGUGUGGCCGUUGUGCAUUCAGCACCAUCCACGCAAGAAGAAGACGACAGCAAUGAGGAACACAGUGAGGAGCACCAUCCAGCUAAACCCCAUGGAAAAGGACACUGGAGAUAUGAUGACCAAGACACCUGGUCAUCUGACUUUGAGCAUUGCAAUGGAAAAUCUCAGUCUCCCAUCAACAUUGACACAACAACAGCCAAAUACGAUACCAGGUUGUCCGCAAUUGAACUCCAAGGCUAUGAGCUGUCAGCAGAAGACAAGCUGACUUUGAAAAACAACGGCCACACACUGCUGUUGAAUUUACCAAACACUAUGCACAUCACCAAAGGCUUUGACAAUGUAUUUGUUGCUGCUCAGCUCCACUUUCACUGGGGAACAAAGGAAGUGCCAGGGUCAGAGCACACCGUUGAUGGACUCCGCUUUCCUGCAGAGAUCCAUGUUGUUCAUUAUAAUUCUAAAUACGAGAAUCUAGGUGAGGCAGCAAGCCAGCCCGAUGGUCUAGCAGUUCUGGGAGCCUUUUUAGAGAUUGGUCGUCAGGAAAAUGCGGAGUAUAAUAAUAUUCUUACUUCUCUGGCAGAUGUCAGUUCUGAAGAAUCUGACGUAGAAAUUGACGGCUUUAAUAUCAGGUUCCUCUUACCAUCCAACCUUGAGCGUUUCUUUCGCUAUAAUGGAUCGCUCACAACUCCUCCUUGCUUUCAGACAGUUAACUGGACGGUUUUUAAUGAUACCAUCAAAGUUUCAAGGAAACAGAUGGCUGCACUGGAGGAAACUCUGAAAAUUGGACAGAGUGAACUACUGACCAAAAAUUUCAGGGCUCCUCAGUUGCUGUUUGGCAGGGAAGUACUAUCUUCUUUUAAGAUGUCCUCUGACGUAUCACCUAAUGGCUUAAACAAAGGCACGCAAAGAUUUUCAGAAAAUGGGACUCCAAACAACGGCAUAGAGGCGAACAGAGAGGACUCCUCAAGUGUAGACAAGAUGAGUGAUGAGAAAGAGUUUGGUCUUGGGAGUAUUCUGGCCAUUGUUUUUGGAGCCCUUUUUGCAGUGACAUUGUUAGCUUUCGUAAUUUACAUGGCUCAACAGCGGAAAAAGAUUUCAAGACUCGAGAAGGAUUCGAGACAAAAUGUAAUCUACAAGCCAGCUGCCAGCGCCGAAGUUCAAUAAGCAAAAGUCUGCCACGUCUUCAGUCUGUUUUUCAGUACAAUAUUUUUUAUUAUAGCCGUUCUGUUAAAAACUUUCCAGGCCACUAAGUGAUCUCAGGAGAUUUUUAAUUAUUAUAUUUAUUAUUGAAAAUCAAUAUGAAUUAAAAAAAACAUCUUUUUUUUUUUUGCUUUCAACUAGUAACUUUCUUGUCCAUUGUUUGCCAAAAACGUUUUUAAGCUUUGAGAAUCUAAAGCAGUCGACAUUAAAAGCCAAAAGUCAUUUGAUGCAGUUCUAACCAUUAACAGUGCUUGAACAGCAGAAUCAUAAUUUACACACUUGAAGUACCCAAGAGCAGGAGGUCAGUAGUUAGUUAUACAGCGCCUUUCACGGUGUGUGCUGUCCAGUGUCUCUCGAGCUGCACUUUCACAAAACACUUGCUUUAUUUGCUUUAUUUGUCAUGCAGGAUGCCACUGGUAAAUUCUAAUGGACACUCACACUCCGCAAAUACAGCCUGCAAUGAAAAAAAAAUCUUAGUCACUCCGCAGUACUACAGGGAGGGUUUAGAGAGGAACCUUGGAUCACAUGUGACAGCUCAGAGCUCGACCCAAAUGCUCGACAGAUGCACAAAAAUCCUGGAGAAUUCAUGACUGGUAGAGCUAUGGAGAAGGACGAGCCAGGAGUACAUCGCAGGGAAAAGCCGCACGUCCUCAUUCACUGCAGCUCAUCCAAUGACACCUCCUCACUCAGCUAUAAUGACAACUGAGCACUCACAGCACAUCCUUUGUGGCCCUCGUAGAUGUUUCUGUCAUUCCGGAAGCACAAAUCUAAAAUUUAAUAACCCGAUGUGUUUAAAAAGUUCAGCAUCUCUCUGUCUCUUUUGUUCAGAACACGCGUUUGGGGCCAAGCUGAGCACAGCAGUGUCUGGGGGUUGUAGCACAGGGAAGUCCACUUUGUCCAUCAUCUUAAGCCAAGUGCAUGUUCAAACUAUCAGACAGCUUUGACUUAUCGGCCAUUGUUGGUCUAGUCCAGGUCAUAUCGGCCAUUCAGAAUGAGGACCUCCGUGCAAAUACUUUGUAGGCAAAUGUACAGGUAGGUUUGCAUACUCCUGACGUCGUUUCUUCUUCGCUAUUCAUGUUAGAAUCGUGCGACUUCACUUUGGUUUACUUGUCAUUUAAAAGUGAACAUUGAUUGACAAUUUAAACCCUGGUGUAUUCUGAAUGUAAUACUUUGACACAGCUUGUUGUGGCACUGCUGUCUCCUGUUACAGCUGUUAAUAUAUUUAUAUGAACUAUAUAUUUUUGUUAGGAUAUUUAUUUGCUCAUAUCACACUUUUACUGUACAAUUGCUUUUUUGUCUGAUGUAAAUAAUCCUGUGUUCGUGUUUUUUUUAAACAUUCCAUCACUGAGUGAUGUAAGUGAAGUAAUUCCAAAUAAAUCGGUUUGUAAGCAC